AACUUCACUAGACACGGGAAACAUGAAGACAUCCAUUCUUUUAGUAUUGCUAUUUGAAAUGUUUUCUUCAGUUGCAGAAGUUUAUGAAGAUGUUCCUGUUGAGGAUGAAAAUUCAUCUUACUGGAAAAAUGAUUAUGAACUAUGGGAUAACAGUACUGCAGUUCACGAGGAACAAGAUUUGUGGGAAAAUGAUAUUCAGUCUAAUCUGACUUCGUGGAAAGUAUCUCAUGAAGAUGAGAUUUUCUACGAUAUCUACAAUAGACAACCUGAAGAAGAGGAGGAAGAAAUCGAUGAAGAUGGUGUCGAAUUAUCGGAUGAUUGGCUGGUUUUAGAUUUCGAGGAACCUAAUGAAAAUGAUAGAAUGAUGGUAAAACAUACUGAAAUCUCCAUUGAUCAUGUACAGAUUGACAAUUCAAUAUCUGAUGAGGAAAAAAGUAUUGAUGUUCUGGAUUGUGAAGAUGAGACUCCAAAAUCAAUAAAAAGGAAAAUUUCGAACCCAAAGCCAAGAGAUGAAGAAUUUUACUUCAAGCAUAAGAAAUAUAGUAAAAAAACACAUAAAGGAAAACCUUCUCAUCAGAAAAAAAGUAAUUGGAAGAAAAAUUGUUGCAUUCGUGGGAAAAAAGUGGGAAAUACGAGGAGAACAUUUUUAGCAAAAGACCUCUUCCAAGAAUGCCAGGAAAGAACAAGAAAUCUGUCUUCUAGGAUGUCUAGACCCUGUAGAUGGAUUUUCUUGAGCUGUUGCGAAGCCAGAGCCUUAAGGAGGUAUUACAUUCAUCAUAAACCUAAGGAAUCUAAUAUAUGUUAAUGAUGAAGCUUAAAAUGUCCAAAACUACAACUGAAGAGAUACAGAAGACAUGCUCCAUUUGUUUGUUAUCAAUAAUUUUGC